UUUAACGGUUUAAAUUCCAACUCGUAUCGCCCGUAAAAUAGCGCGCGAAACUGGAAUUGAAGGUUAUGUUAAGCUUAAGCGCGUCGUUUCACGCUCCGUUUGUUUCCAUACCCCCUUCCCGCCCCUCCUCCUCCUCCUCCUUGUCCUCUAAGCGCAGCACCACCUUUUCAAUGUCGGUCUCGGCCCGAAUUGCAGUCGUCGGAGACGUCCAUGAUGAUUGGAAUCUAGAAGAAGAUACAAAAGCACUUCAACUGUUGCAGCCGGAUUUGGUGCUGUUUACAGGUGAUUUUGGUAAUGAGAAUGUGGAUCUCGUUCAAAGUGUUGCAGAUCUUCAAUUUCCUAAGGCAGUUAUUUUGGGAAAUCAUGAUUCCUGGUGUACCCAGCAGUUCUCUCAAAAGAGGAAGGAUGGUGUUCAACUUCAACUGGAGUGUCUUGGUGAAGAACAUGUAGGUUACAGGCAUUUGGAUUUCCCUUCUUUAAAACUUAGUGUUGUUGGUGGACGGCCAUUUUCUUGUGGUGGUGACCGGUUGUUCCGGAAAAAGCUUCUAUCUGCAAGAUAUGGAAUCCAAGACAUGGAUGGAAGUGCCGUGAGAAUAUAUAAUACUGCUUUGCGCACUCCAGAAAACCAUCUGAUUAUAUUUCUUGCACAUAAUGGGCCAACAGGUCUUGGUUCUAAUUUGAAUGACAUAUGCGGAAAAGAUUGGGUGUUUGGAGGUGGUGAUCAUGGUGAUCCUGAUCUAGCACAAGCAAUUGCCCACUUAAAAGAGACUACCAGACUCAAUAUUCCUCUUGUCGUGUUCGGUCACAUGCAUAAAGAGCUGGCUCAUGGAAAUGGUCUUCGAAAAAUGAUUGUGAUCAGCAAUGACAAGACUAUAUACCUGAAUGGGGCUAUUGUUCCUAGAGUUAAAAGAAUCAAUGACGAUGAACGUUCUCCCAGCAGUAGCUUCAUGAAUAGCGAAACCUCACAGUUGACAUCAGAGUCCAGAGGUACAAAGCGAGCAUUUACUGUGGUUGAAAUUCUUGAAGGUAGAGUGGAUAAAAUUGCAGAAACAUGGGUUUCUGUUAAUGGAGAUGUGACCUUAGUAGAAGAGGAGCAUGUUUUAUUUGAAGGUAGCAACUAGCAUUGUUAUGGAAUCUUAUUAUCUUAACCUGUGUUGGUAAUAAAAAUUAAAACUGCCUAAGGAA